UUAUUAAAAAACUAUUAUAAAUGGAGAGUGGAAUGUCCAGAAUUAAGUGCGGAUCUACACCCUAGAAGUAUUCUUGGCCUUUUGAAGGCUGGCUACCAUGGAGUUCUGGGAUCCAGGGAUCCCACUGGUAGCAGAGUUCUUAUUUACAGAAUCGCACGUUGGGACCCAAAAGUGUUUACAGCUUAUGAUGUAUUUCGUGUAAGCCUAAUUACGUCUGAGCUUAUUGUACGGGAAGUAGAAACACAACGGAGUGGAGUCAAGGCUGUAUUUGACCUGGAAGGCUGGGAGUUUUCACAUGCUUUCCAAAUUACUCCAUCUGUAGCCAAGAAGAUUGCUGCUGUACUUACAGAUUCAUUUCCACUGAAAGUUCGUGGCAUCCAUUUGAUAAAUGAGCCGGUAAUUUUCCAUGCUGUGUUCUCCAUGAUUAAACCAUUCCUGACUGAAAAAAUUAGGGAACGGAUUCAUAUGCAUGGGAACAAUUACAAACAGAGCUUACUCCAGCAUUUUCCUGACAUUCUUCCACUGGAAUAUGGUGGUGAAGAGAUUUCCAUGGAGGACAUCUGUAAGGAGUGGACAAAUUUUAUAAUGAAGUCUGAAGAUUAUCUCAGCAGCAUUUCUGAGACCAUUCAAUGACUUACUUCAUCCAAAUGGUUUCCUAAUUAAAAGUACGUAAGAUCUUAGAUGAAUGAAAGAAAAAGAGCAAAUCUUUUAAUUACUGCUUGUGUGAUCUUUUAAAAAGUAAAACCCUGUAAUGUGAGCAAUAUGGAUGUUUAGAAAGCUUUUAAACCUUUUCUUCAUUUUUGAAGUAUUAAAUGUUAGUAUACUGGAAUAGCAUAGGAGAGAUUACCAAUUUUUGCACUUGAAGAAAUAACAUAGAAAGUGAUUUCUAAAGUGGCUAUUCAUCUGCAUCUUGGUAGGUUUUUAUAAAAUUUGAUGUUAAACAAGUUUUCUGAUUACAUUUGUUUAGUCAUAGAUUUAUAAAAUCUACUUAAAGAAGUAUUUGCACUAAUCAAGUGAGUAUAUAAAACCAUUAACACUCACUUUGUGUGGGUGUCAGAUUAGAUUAUAAUUUAGGCCAAAAUCUGAACACAGUUUUACAGUUAAUUCUGUGGCCAGCAGGAUAGUUCAUGUCAGGAAAUCCUAUUUUAGCACCUUUGCACAAUAGAAACUUUUCACUGGAGAGUCUAUAUGCCAAACUAUUGUAUAUAGAAUCUAUAGAUCUAUAUAAAGUUACAGUUGAUAAUAACUGAAUAAAAUAUAAUUUGGAAAAUAUUUCAGACACAGUUCAUGGUUUCUCAAUGCUGUUUUGUAUUUUUUAACAAAUCAAGAAUAUAAUUUUGAAUUCGGUUUAUGGUUAUUCUUAUGGCUACAUUACAUAGAGAUUUAGAGUGAUAAUAAUAUUUAAUUGUCUUACACACUGAACUUUUGGUUGAAUAAUUAACAGAACUGUACAAAAGAAAUGUUUACAUUUCUUAAAUCAUUGUCAGUUACACCUGGUAUUUCUCAGUUUACACAUAAAAUAAACUAGUUUUACUCUUAUAUUAGAAUAUUCUGAAUCCCACAAUUCUUGCUUUUUUAACAGUGGUUAGGAUGUACUAUUGGUAGUAUAGUUUGUAUAAAAAAUAUUUCAUUUAUCAAGAGAGAUAUAAUCUCACCCCUUAUGGUCAAAAUAUCUUUCAAUUUAUGAUAUAAUUUUUAUACUUAGUAUUUCAUAAUUUUAUUUUAAACAUGAAAAUAAAAGAAUAUACAGUAUGAAAUUUGUUGAACAUAUGUUCAGCUUGUUAGGUUUCAACAUUAAUCAUACAAUAGUAUCUUUGUGCAAAGAUAUUUUGCUGUGUGAAGGGUGUUUUUCUUCAUAAGAAAAUUAGUCUAAUCAGGUGAGCUGAUACUUCUAAUUCUUUGAAGUUAUAUCUAUGAAGAAACAGUAAUUGUGGAUGUUCUUUAGAGAACGUGUUUGAUUUUGACGUAGCAUUGAGAAGCUAACUUGACAUUAUACUUUUUAUAAAAAAAAAUUAGAUCCUGCCUGUUUUAUUAAAAGAAUUUUAAAGUCUUUAUAAAAUCAUACAAUUUCAAAUCAUAUAAUUAAAAUCAUAAUGGAAAAAUCACUUAAAAGGAUAAGCAGUAACAACAACAGAACACCUCCAGUUUGUCCAACAUUUAUCCUAGAAGGAUAUUUAUAUCACAUGUUCUACUUCAUUUACAUUUGCCUUCUUAAUUAAAACAGUUUCUUAUGAUUCUAUGAAGCAAAGUUUAGUACAUGAAUAAAUAAUAAUAUUUUAAAACAUCUUUUAAAUGUGUUUCAUUAGUGAUGUGUUAAGAGUAAAUGAAAUUAAAAUAAGUUAAUCAGUGCAGGUACAUUUUAUGAUGGAUCAUUGGAGUUUUAUAAAAUAAAGUUCUCUGAAGGACACUAAGAAUAAUGUGAAAUGAACAGGUAAUUUUAUGAAAUGUCAAGGUAAAAAAACUAUGUUUAUAUUCCAUUAAUACAAUUGUACUACAAGUGCCUUUUGAAGGACUAACUCCAUAUGUGCUCUUUAUGUUACUGAACUGAACAAUAAUUUGUUUAAUAUUGUUUAAAAUAUUAAACAUCUUUCAAUUAAACCA